CCUCAAUCUUCCACUGUGAUUCUUGUGAUCUAUACCACUUCCAGGUCUUUCAACUUCCUGGCUAAAGCUAGAACGCUGGCAAAAACCAUAGUAACAUCGUGAUCGAGGAAACGAGAGCUCCAGGGAGAUGGCGUGGGAGGCGCUGGCCAAGAUGAGGGACGCAAAUCCACUCGUCCAGUGCAUCACGAACUUCGUGUCCAUGGAUUUCAUGGCCAACACGCUUCUCGCCGCCGGAGCAUCCCCGGCGAUGGCGCACGCCAUCGACGAGAUCGACGAGUUCGUCGCCAUAGCCGACGCUCUGUGCAUCAACGCUGGCACCCUCUCGCCCGAGUGGCUCGCGUCGAUGAAGGCCGCUGGAGCGAGAGCUCGGCAACUCAACAAGCCUUGGGUCCUGGAUCCCGUCGCCGCCGGCGCCACCAGCUUUCGAACCUCGGCCUGCAUCGAGCUCCUCGCUCUCGGCCCCUCGAUCGUGAGAGGCAAUGCUUCCGAGAUCCUUGCGCUGUCCAGAGCGUCAAAUCUUCCGCCCACCAAGGGAGUGGACAGUGCCCAUGAUCCGUCCCAGGCUCUCGGAGCAGCAAAAUCGCUGGCGGAGAAGUAUCACUGCGUCGUCGCGGUCUCUGGAGCGGUGGACUUGGUCACGGACGGGACGAGAGUGGUGAGCGUGAGCAAUGGAGUGCCGAUGCUCCAGAAGAUCACUGCGUCUGGCUGCUCGGUCACGGCUCUCAUCGCGGCGUUUGCAGCGGUCUACCCCCGCGAGCAGCACCUAGAGGCUUGCGCGUUUGCUCUAGCGCUCUUCGGCCUGGCCGGAGAGAUCGGCAUGAGCAAGGCAAGCGGCCCGGCCUCUCUCCGGCUCCAACUUAUCGACGCUCUUCACGGGCUUGAUCAAGCCACAGUCUCAUCCGGAGUGAAAAUCUCGGAGGCAAGCUGAAAGAAGAGUUUGUUCCCGAUAGGAUGGAGAAGAACAAGAGUUUGAUACCUGAUAGAAGGAAGUUCUUGUGAAAAUCCUCGGCUGGAAAUCUUUAAGGUGUUCUAGCUUUGCUCCAAAGAAAUAAAUUUCAUCUAAAAGACUA